UGCACACAACAUACUUGACAGGAAAUUGAAGAGAGCCAAUCCAGACCACCGCAGGAGGAGCGAGCCGGAGUGGAGUCCUGUGCCCGAGCCGAGAGCCAGAACACCACAGAACAUCGCGUAGCGCAUCCAGCGAUCUGGCCGUUGCGUCGGAUUUGAGGUUGGAAUCGUGGCCCUUGAAGGUCGGUGCGGCACUCGCAGCGGUUAUUGCUGUGGCUGUUGUGUGCGGUAGCGGCGGUUGCGGAAUCGUGGCCCUUGCGUUCUGAGAUCGCUGGACUGGACGGACCUGGACGACUCGAUGAUUCGAUAAUUCGAUCAUUCGAUCCGGGUCAACGAACGGAAUUCUGGUUUCCCUUCAAAUAGCGUGCGCUUGAGUCGACCAGGAAUUUAUUAAAGGACAUCCCGCAUCCCGGCUUUAACCUUAAUACCGUCCUGGUUACGGCCACGGUGUCUGCAAACGCCUUUUUGAAUACUGCUUCUCAUAGUCCUCUCUAGACUUCGGAAAGCGCGUUUACCGCGUGAAUUUCAUUCGCGGCUGAAACUUCUUCGUUACUUGGGCUUGGUGCAAUCGACCAGCAGCCUUCCGGGAGUGUACGGUUCGGCUUUAAUGAGCUGAUUUCGUAGGAAUUCCCCAAUAUACCUAGUCCUGCUCCACGUGUUAAGAGUCUCGUCAAGUUCUUCGGCACCUUCGGCGGCGACACGCAGACUGGUCCGUAGGCCUGCUACAAUUCGCCAACCAGUCGCAUCUUGUCGCCAACCACCCGCUCCUUUUCGCCAACCAGUCGCUGCUUUUCGCCAACCGUCGCUCCUUUUCGCUAACCACCCCCAUCUGCUUCCGCCAUGCGGGGAGGCCAGAAGCGCCCGUCCGGCGCAGGCGCAGCAGCGCGCGGGGAGACGGCGAUGGGCACGCUCUUCAUCCUAAUCCUCCUCGCUAUAGUCGGCUUCGCUGCCACGUACAGCGUGCUCUCCGCUCUCUCCCCGCCGCCCUCCAUCCUCGUCGACGACGAUCUCGACCUCGAGGCUGCUUCCCCAUCCGCCUCUGAAGCAGCAGCAGCCACAGGCGCGGGCGCGCAGGGGGGGGCUAGCAGCAGGGGCGUGGGGGAAGGCGGGGGAGCGGGGGAGGGCUCGUCAGGGGGCGGAGGUAGCGAGGAGACGCGGGAUUUCUGCCUGGGGGAGGAGCACCUGGAGCUAUGGGGGGAUGCGGUGAAGUGGGGCAGCAACAACCCCACCGACACUGCUGCCGCCUGCUGCCAGCAGUGCAAGGACAUGUGCAGUGGCGCUGUAUGCCAGUGCAACGCGUGGGUGUACUGUGGGAGCAAGGAGCUCUGCAAAGACAACUUCAGGCAGUGUUGGUUGAAGCGGCAGGAGGAUGUGUUGAAGCCGGAGGUGUAUGGCAACAACCCUGACAUCCCAUGGACUUCAGGCCUCGUGCAUGGGGCAGGCAAGGGCAUCAUUGCGCUUCAUACAGAGCACGGUGACAUCCGAAUCAAGCUUCUACCCUCGUGGGCGCCCAAGACAGUGGGGUACAUCCGGGAGAUACUGCACCUCAAGUACUGCACGGGCUGCCAGCUGUACCGGGCAGAGGGGCUGGGGGAGGGGUGGAGCAAGGACGGCAGCAGGACCAGCAAGCCCCCCGGUCCGCCCUAUGCCCUACUGCAGGGGAUUCUCCUCACAGACGGCCUUCCCUUCAAGCCCAUUCCCCGGGAAUCCGCGCCCAUCGUGCACAGGGGCGAUGUGUGCCUCGUAGGGGAGGGCCCGGACUUCUUCAUCUCUCUUGCCGAUCACACCGAGUGGGGCCACGCGCACACGGUUUUUGGGCGGGUGCCUGAGGAGGACCUGGAGGGCCCUGUUGCAAAGAUUUUGGCGCUGCCCGUGAAGCAGGAGAGCUGGGGCAGCACGAAAGUGCUGGCGCUGGAAAAUCCGGUCGGGUUUGAGGUCAAGAGGGAUACGAGUGGGCUCCAGUUCUAGCAUGGAAAAGAUGGUGAGGAGAGGGGUGAAGAAGAGGUCUCGGGAAGAUUAGGAGAAGAGGGAAAGGAAGGAGAGGGUGGGGUAGAUAGAGAUGACUGUUGAAGUAUACUCCAACAAUGACUAGUAGGAUGGAGGUUGGGGAAGAGUUGGGAGAAGGUUGAGGUGAGGACGUGUGGGGGAGGAAAGAACAAUGUCAAUGGACAGACAGAGUUGGUUGAAAGAAGAAUGUGAGCUGCAGCCUAGAUGGACAGCAAAGUGCUAUGCUACACGGAAGCUUGAGGUUGGAAAGGUGCAGUUGGCUGUUAUGGUGAAACUAAGUUGAAAAACCUGAAUGCCUCUGGACUGUGGAGUGCAAGUGUACUACCUAUGUCCUAGACAAUGUUGACCCAGUAUGGUAGUACACUGCUGUACAACGAGCAGAUGCGUUAUCAUAAGUUUAUGGAACAUGUCCAGCAGAUCAUGUAACU